AUGAUUUAUUGUUCUGCUCUUGCCCAACUUGAUCAACUCGAAGACUUUUUAGUCAAACAAAAACAAUUUCAAACCAAUCCAUAUACAAAACAUUUUCAAACAAAUCAUCCGAAAUUUGGUCGAACAACUACUCCAACAGCAGUGUUUCGAUUUCUCCGACAAAAGAAUUGGUCGAACAACUUCUCCAACAGCAGAUUUGGUCGAACAACUUCUCCAAUAACAGGUAAAUUACAAUUUGGAAUUAAAUUUUAUUUUAUUUAG